AUGACUAUUAACGGCGAUGAACUUGAAGUGGGAUCACUGGUCACCACCAGCAAUAAUUCGGGAUUUAGUAGCUUGCAAAGAAGUGUCCAUGGAUCUAGGAUAUUGGCGGUGUUCCCGAGCACCAGCAAGACGAACUAUCUGUUCGGACAGGUGCUGUUUGAAGAGCUCGCGUCGCGUGGUCAUCAGAUAACGGUGAUAAGCCCAUUCGAGAUUCAGUACGACAGUGAAAACAUCAAACAAAUCAAACUGACCGGCAUGUUUGCUCACCUCGAAGAUUAUGGCAUGAAUGCAAACAUCUUCACGAAAUGGGAUAGGUCGAGUUUGUAUGGGAAAAAUAACCUCAUCUAUGGAACGGCGGCUAUGGCGGACUUCACACUGGGACACUCCAAGGUUCAGGAGCUGAUUAAAUCGGAUGAGACGUUUGAUUUGCUAAUAUUGGAUCAAGUGCCGACAGACAGUCUACUGGGUUUGGCAGUGCACUACGGUAUUCCGGCCAUCGUGUGCAGCUCAACGACGGCGAACAAAUUCACCAACGAAAUGGUUGCGAAUCCACACAAUCCAUCGUACAACCCCAUCAGUGACCUCGGGUACUCCGAUCGAAUGACCUUCAUUCAACGGUUUUGGAACACGGUCGUUUCUCUCUCGGAACAGUUCAACUAUAAGUUCUUCUACUUGCCCUCUCAGGAAGCAGUUUAUCAGCGGUAUUUUGGCAGAAAAAAUCUCCCACCGCUUUUGGACGUGAUUCACAACGUCAGCUUGGUUAUGGUCAACUCGCAUCCGGUGAUCAACCAUCCGCGUCCGAUGGUUCCCAGUAUGAUCGAAGUCGGAGGACUUCACCUGCGGAAGUUCAACGAUACUGGUUUGUCGGAGGACGUGGUGAAUUGGGUCGAAGCAGCGAACAAGGGCGUUGUACUGUUCAGUCUGGGAGCGAACACCAAGUCAACGGAUCUGCCGGCCAAUGUACGCAAAGCAUUCACCGCGGCGUUCUCUCAGCUGUCCGGUACCUUGAUCCUAUGGAAGUGGGAGAAUGCUACGCUCGAUAAUCAAACUUCCAACGUGAUCAUUGGACCGUGGAUGCCUCAGCAGGAGUUACUGGCUCAUCCAAACGUGCGCUUGCUCAUCACGCACGGAGGAUUGCUGGGAAUGAUGGAGUCGGUGUACUAUGGUAAGCCGAUCCUAGGCCUUCCGCUGGCGGGUGAGCAAGAAAUCCUGGUGGAUCGGGCCGUGGAAGGCGGAUACGGGUUGAAGCUGGAUUAUAACAAUAUAACCGAAACAAUUGUGCUGCGCUCGAUCAAAAAAAUCUUGGAGGACAGUUCAUUCCGACAGAAUGCUUUGAAGGCUUCGGCGCAUUUUCGGGAGCAUCCCAUUAGGCCACUGGAUAAAGCCGUUUACUACGUUGAAUAUGUUUUGAAAAACAACAGCGGAAUCCUGAAUCUGCGGACAGGGGCGCUGAGGCUGAACUUCUGGGAGCGCCAUCUGGUGGAUGUGAUUCUAUGUCUCGUGGCAUUUUGCUUCAUUCUGGUGACCGUGGUUGCUACCUUGAUACAGAUAAUACUGCGGAAAACACAUAAAAACAAAUUAAAAGCUGCCCGCGAGCGUUCAACCACCAACGGAAAAGCUGGCGGAAUAAAAAAGAAAACCAAUUAA